CGCGCUCCGGAAGGCCCGCGUCCCCGCUCUCCGCCCCCCGCCAGGCGCCGCCACCCGCCGCCCAGGCAGCCAGGCGACUCUUCCUCCGCGGGCCGCGCGGGCUAACUCAGGCCCCCGCUCCUGUGGCCCCGAGCCCCGCCGUUCGCCGGGCCUUGCAUCGCAGUCGGCGUCCAGUUCCCCCUCGGCUCGCGGCCACUUGGUCCGCGCCGCCGGCGUCCUGUGUGCCGGGCCCGCCCGCACUGCGGGGACAGGCCGGGCGCCGCCCACGCCGCGCUCCGCCGGGCGCGCAGUCUCUCUGGGAAGCGGGCGGGCUUGCGGGCGGGCGGCCAUGGCGCGGCGCGCGGGGAGGUAGCGGGGCGGCCGCGGGAGCGCACUGUCGGCCAUGGCCCGGCGGCGGCGCCGCGCCUGCAUCGCGCUGUUCCUGGUGCUGCUCUUCGCCUUCGGCACCCUCAUGGGCCUGCGCACGCUCAAGGCUCCGGACGGACUCCCGGCGCUGGGCCCGGGCCUGGAGCUGGCGCCCUUUGAGCGACGCCCAGAGGGGGCCCCCGCGCCCGCCGCCCGGGCCCCGGCGGCCCCCGCCGCUCCGCCUCCGCCGCCGCCGCCGCCCCGCACCUCGGACCCUGGCGGCUCCUCUGGGCCGGUCCCCGCCGAGGCCGAGCCCGCCCCCGGGCAGAGCCUGCGCGUCUACUCGGACCUGCACGCCUUCUACUACUCGUGGUACGGGAGCCCGCGGCGCGAGGGCCACUACAUUCACUGGGACCACGUCAUGGUGCCGCACUGGGACCCCAAGAUCUCUGCCAGCUACCCUCGCGGCCGCCACAGCCCCCCAGACGACUUGGGCUCCAGCUUCUACCCGGAGCUGGGACCCUACAGCUCCCGGGACCCCGAAGUGCUGCGGGAGCACAUGACCCAGCUCAAGGAAGCCGCCAUCGGCGUUCUGGUCCUGUCCUGGUACCCACCUGGCAUGGCUGAUGAUAACGGGGAACCCUCAGAUGACCUAGUGCCCGCCAUUCUGGACACCGCCCAUCAGUACAGCAUCCAGGUGGCCUUCCACAUCCAACCCUACAAGGGCCGGGAUGACAUCACUGUACAUGACAACAUCAAGUACAUCAUUGACACGUAUGGCUCCCAUGGUGCAUUUUACCGCUAUAAGAACAGCAUGGGCAAGAGCCUCCCACUCUUUUAUAUCUACGACUCAUACCUGACAUCCCCUGAGGCCUGGGCCCACCUUCUGACACCAAACGGGCCCCACUCGAUCCGCAACACGCCCUAUGAUGGCGUCUUCAUAGCACUGCUGGUGGAGGAGGGCCACACCCACGACAUCCUGGCCGCCGGAUUUGACGGCAUGUACACCUACUUUGCCUCCAACGGUUUCUCCUUUGGUUCUUCCCAUCAGAACUGGAAAGCUGUGAAGAACUUUUGUGAUGCCAACAACCUCAUGUUCAUCCCCAGCGUGGGGCCUGGCUACAUAGACACCAGCAUCCGGCCCUGGAACAACCACAAUACACGCAACAGGGUCAACGGCAAGUACUAUGAGACGGCCCUGCAGGCGGCCCUGACAGUGAGGCCCGAGAUCGUCUCCAUCACCUCCUUCAAUGAGUGGCACGAGGGCACCCAGAUUGAGAAGGCCAUUCCCAAGAAGACACCCACCCGCCUGUAUUUGGACUACCUGCCUCACCAGCCCAGCCUGUACCUGGAGCUGACCCGCCGCUGGGCAGAGCACUUCAUCAAAGAAAAAGAACAGUGGCUUAUGUGAGGGGCCUGUAAACAGGGGCGUGAGGUGCUGAUGUCCUUGCUUUGCUGGAAGGUGUCACCACGUGGGGUUCAGCUGAGGUUGUAAGCACUCGCUCGUUCCCAGGUCAGAGGUCAGCAGCUGGGUGCCUCUGGUUCGGCCGUCAGACCUGGGCCUGGGCAGCACAGAGCCUGUUUCUCAGGCAUGUGGUGUUGGAGUGCUCUGAGGUGAUGGGAACAGCAGAGGCUGGCAGGUGACUGGACUCAGGCCAGGGCAGCUCUGCAUCCUGGGAACACUUUCAUGUAACCCCUUCUAGUUUGGAGCUCUGCAGCGGGUUGGUAUUGUGUAGUGGCUGCCCAGUCACCGCCCUCGGAAGGGUGUCAGGGUCUGGGCUCGCAUGCACCCGGUUCCCUUCCGUCAGCCUGCGUCCUCUCCUCAGGACUCCUUCCCAGAUCAUGUCUUCUCUAAGCUAGGGAACCAUAUUUGAGACUUUCAAAAAAGGAACUUCUGGGUUCAAGCUCCUCCCAGUAGAUUCCUGGACCCAAUUAUCAGGAAAUUAUCCUGAGCACUCACAGGUUUAUUUAACACUCACUCAUCAAGCACCUUCCUAUGUGCUAGGUGCUGGGGAGAACUUGACCCAGGAACAGUUCCUGUCCUCAAGCGUACAGGACCCAGCUUUCCUGAUCUGGUGUGGCCUUGUAGCUAGUGCCUGGGCACAGUUGUUUUCCUUUUGGCAGUUUUACCUAGUGCUGGGACUUCAGUUCUUUCCUCUAAAAAAAUACCUCUGUGGUCCACAGCCUACUUUUUCCCAGAUGCAUAUUUAGCUCCAGGGAGAGGACUAAGAGGAAACCCCCUCCCUUUAGCUGCCUGAACUGACUGAGGCCCACUCACUAGAGCCAUGUUCAGUGCUACUGUGAUUUGUAGUAAUUAAAUAUGAACUGGUAUUCUCAA